AUGGCUGACGCAAGCUCAUUUAAGAUGGAUGAGGAUCAUUUUGUUAUGUUACACUUUGGUUUCUCUCUAGAAGAUGUCAUUCAUAUUUCAUUUGAGCUAGGCUGUAUCCAUGUGGAGUUUGAGUAUUGCUACCACAAUGGUGCUUGUUCUUACACAUAUGGGCCUGAAAGCCACACGCAACUUUGUCUCUUGUCGCACAACAUGAUAAAAGGGUGCGGUUUACGGCUCUUGAAUCUCUCCGGAUCUCCAUAUGGUGUUGCUAAAAUCCCUGAAACAGAGUACGGCCAGCAGUCUGGAGAAAGCGAGAGAUGA